AGCCCCGCAGCCCCGGCCGCCCUCGCAGCCCCCUCGCCCCUCCGCGCCCCACUCGCCUCCCCCUUCGCCAGGCGAUGCCGCCGCGGGGCUCCCGGGGGCCGCUGCCGCCCUUGCUGCUGGUGGCGGCGCUGGCGGCCUGCGUGGCGCAGGCCUCCGAGAUCACCUUCGAGCUGCCCGACAACGCCAAGCAGUGCUUCUACGAGGAGAUCGCCCAGGGCACCAAGUGCACCCUCGAGUUUCAGGUGAUCACUGGAGGUCAUUACGAUGUUGACUGUCGGCUGGAAGAUCCUGAUGGCAUUGUAUUGUACAAAGAGAUGAAGAAACAAUAUGAUAGCUUCACAUUUACUGCAUCCAGAAACGGAACAUACAAAUUCUGCUUCAGCAAUGAGUUCUCUACUUUCACACACAAAACUGUGUACUUUGAUUUCCAAGUUGGAGAAGAUCCACCACUGUUUCCUAGUGAAAACAGAGUAACUGCACUUACCCAGAUGGAGUCUGCGUGUGUUUCAAUUCAUGAAGCUUUGAAGUCUGUCAUCGACUAUCAGACUCAUUUCCGCCUGAGGGAAGCGCAGGGCCGCAGCAGAGCAGAGGAUUUGAACACAAGAGUGGCCUACUGGUCAAUAGGGGAAGCAAUCAUUCUUCUUGUUGUUAGUAUUGGGCAGGUAUUUCUCCUUAAAAGCUUCUUCUCAGAUAAAAGAACCACAACAACCCGUGUUGGAUCGUAACCAGUAGUGGUUCAUCGUGUGUUACUCAUCUCUAAAGGUUAAUGGUUCUCCAGUUAAUUGUAAGUGCAAAGGAUCUGAACAUAUGCAACAUUCAAAUGUGUAUACCCCUCAUCUCUUAAAAAUCACAAACAGACCCAAAAAGUUAUGAAAGGGGCACAUGAUUUGAAAUAUUUUUAAAGAUACUUUGGAACUUCAGUGUUUUUUGAUUCCUAUACUAAAAUGUCUGGCAAUGUUCAGCUUCUCUUUAUUUCUACUGAUAUUAAUCCAGACCAAGUUUGAUUUUUACCAGUAAGAUUAACCAUCAGCAGUAUAACAUUUAUAAGUAACCCAACAGUCUAGUGUCUGAGAGAUGAUACAUGUGAAAAUUUGAUUUGAUUUUAAUUUUCAGGCUGAAUGUCUUGCAUUUUAAAGAAGAAAAUAUGAUGAACUGUAGUGCACUGUUUUGAUUUGCUGUUAAAAAAAUAAUGCAGUGGUACCCCUUGCUUUUUUUGUAAAAUUGUCAAAAGAUUGGCACUGCAUUGUGAUGCAAAUUCUUCAUCAGCCUGAAAAGUCUCCAUCUUCAGAAUUUGCUCCGUUUUAUACUUGAUUAUGAUUGCUUAAACAUACAUUCUUCUGUAAUCAAAUAAAUGCAUUUUCUCUUUUACAAUGUUUUACUGAAGAAAUUUUAAGCUGAGACUACUCAGGAAAUCCACUUCUGUAUACAAAAAAAUCCAAAUUUCCAAGUUUAUUUAAACAACAUGCAAUAGAAUAAGGAGUAUUGUAACUUUGUCACUGAAACUGUACAGUUUCUGUACUCAAAUAUACGGCUGCUGCUUUUCAGAUUAAAGACCAGAAGUAGCUUGGUCUGUUAAGCAGCACAGCAUGAGCACUGGACAAGGCUGUAUUCUGUUAGGCACAUAAAAAGCUUUUUACUAAAUUUUUUUCCUGUUAAGAGGGCAAUUUGAUGUUGAUUCUGCAUAGCGCAAGUGCUGUAAAUUUUCCUCUGUGUGUUGUACAGAGACAUGAUGGUCUCACGUGUCUAAUUGCCACUCCUUUUUGCUAAUGGUCAGGAAAUAUUCUAAACAUUUCAGGUGAUUUUUUUUGUAGAGUUAGAGUAACAUUGUUUCCAUUGCUCAUGUCUUCAGUAGCUUAGGUACUGUAAAGUCCUGUUUUAUUUGGUCGUGGAAGGUAGUAAAUGUAUGUUUGUAACCAUAGUUUAAAUUGAGCUGGUCAUAGUAAGGCUAAACUCCUUCAAAUGGUUCUGGAGGAAUAAGUAGACCAAUCAAUUCUUAAAUGCACACAAACUAAACUAAAGUAAAAAAUCUGUCAUGCAUUACUAGCUAAAUCAAAAGACGCUUCUUGAACAAGUUCUCGGCAAGCAGAGAAAGGGUCCUAAACCCUUAUUAGUUGCCUGUAUUAUUGCUAACAGAAAUUUGAAAUUACGUGUUCAGGUGACACUUGAACAGUCUGAAAAAUGAUCUAAGAUGACUUGAUUUUAAAAUCUUGUCAUGGCUGAAGAAAAUAAAAAUGCCCCUACUCUGUUAUGAACUGAAUGACUGCUCUUUUAGAAACAGAAGGAAAACCUCAAACAGCUCAAGAGGUAUUCAGAAGUUUAAUGUAUGUAAAAUUCAGGAUUACACGUAAAGUUUUGCUCUCCUGUACUGAAUUUUAAAUACUGCAGUCCCAUUUUGGGAUUCAGGUUUCCCAGAAAUAGACUCACUAACAUGAGAAAACAAGAGUCUGCUCUUGUCUUGUGAUACAAGUCUGUGCCUGCACACAACAUUCUUGAUUGUACCUAUAUGCUUUAUUCUUGUGUUUCAGCAGCUGAUGUUUAGUACUUCUUGUUCUGCAUUGCACACAAUAAUGAAGCAAGUGGUACACUGGGUGCAAGUGUCAAAUGAAAACAUGAUUUAGUUUUGAUGGUGUUCACUAUUAUCUUCUGGAGUUUGAAUAUUAGUUAUGUAGCUUUAACCACAACAAAAGCAUUUGUAUUAAAGCUUGAAAUGUAUUGGGGUUUUUUUUUCCACUGAGUUGUUCUGUGUGCUGGCAAAAUUGGUAAACAAUGGUAUAGAACUGAUGAUGGUCAGCUAUCGCGUACAUGUCUUUUUAUUCUUUCACAAUGUUUGAACGUGUGAAGUGGGACUGUUCAGCUCAAUAUUACUCUCACUGCAGAGGUUUAGUGGACUUGACUUUUGCAUUGAAGUUAGGUGUCUGAACCAGUGCUCUGGUAUCCUGCUGCAUGUUAUGCAGCAAUAGCUUAAAAAUGCCUUUAUUUUUGUGUUGUUAAAAACAUGGCACAAAUACACGUUUAAACAUAGCUGUAUAUAGUUUUUAAAAUAACUGACUGAAUAGGAUAUAAUAAAACACACAUGCUAACACGCAGUGGGUGAGGAAGUGCAUUGUGACUUUUGGUUAAAGCUGCACCUUUUUAAUAUAUGAACACUUUCGUUAAUGGUGUGAUACUCAAGUAAACACCUUGCAUUAAAGGGGAUAUAACUGUGUUUUUAAUUGCUAAAGCCUCUGGGUUUCGGCUAUGCGUUGGAUGUUUUCUGUUUACAAAACUUUUUUUCAUGUCCUGAAAUGUCAGUUCUUUAGUUUGGGGGUGGGGAAAAAAAGUUUAGUUUGAAUAAGAGAAAAAGCAGACCCUGUGAAUGUUGUAUGGGUAAAUAAAAAUUAAUAUAUGAA